AUGGAACUAAUUUUUCUCGGUACCGGAUCAAAUAAUCCAAGUCCACAUCGAGGUGCAUCAAGUCUCGCCUUACGUGUUAGUGGAACAAGUAAUAUCUAUUUAUUUGAUUGUGGUGAAGGUACACAAAUUCAAAUUCAACGUUCAACACUUCGUGCAUCACGUAUAACAAAAAUUUUUAUAACACAUCUUCAUGGUGAUCAUAUAUUUGGUUUACCAGGACUUUUAUGUACACUUUCAGCAAGUCCAUCAAUAUCACCUUUGAUUCUAUAUGGGCCACUUGGUUUAAGAGAAUUUAUAGAAACUACAUUAAGAUUAUCAUAUUCAUUUCUUUCAUUUAAAUACGAAGUCGUAGAAAUCAUACCGAAUUCAUAUGAUGGUAUAGAUGAAGAUUUCAUAAAAAAAACUAUUGAAAAACAAGAAAAAAAUGAAAGAUGUAGAACGGUAAAUAUUAAUGAAGAUGGAAGUUAUCAUUUAAUAUCGGAUGAAGAUAAUUGUUCAGUUUAUGCUGUUUCUAUUAAACAUCGAGUACCAUCUUAUGGGUAUAUCAUAGUCGAAAAUGAUCUUCCAGGAAAAUUCGAUAUAAAAAAACUUCAAGAAUCAGGUAUAAAACCAGGUCCAUUUUGUUCUCGUUUAAAACUUGGUGAAACUGUUACACUUGAUGAUGGUCGAAUUCUCUCUCCAACAGAUUAUGUUGGUGCAUCACGACCAGGUCGUCGUAUUGUUAUAUUAGGUGAUUGUUCUGAUGCAUCAAAUGUAAUUCCAUUUGCUCAACAAUGUGAUGUACUUAUUCAUGAAUGUACACAUGAUGAUACUCUUCGUGAUAAAGCUAUUGAUUUUGGUCAUUCAACACCAUCAAUUGCAACAUCAUUAGCUGAAAGAUGUGAUGCUAAAUGUUUAUUAUUAAAUCAUUUUAGUCAACGUUAUAAAUCCAAAACAACAAUUGAAUCAAACACAGUAGAAAAUAAAGAAAAUCUAAAUAAAAAACAUAAGAGAGAAGACGAAGAAAGCGAAGAUGAUGAUGACGUAACAGUUGAUCUUCUAUUAGAACAAGCAAAACAAGGAACAUCACGACCAGUAUUCAUUACUGAUGAUUUUUUUACAUAUACUAUUUCAUUACCGAAAUAA